AUGUUGCGUGCAAUCACCUUCGUGCUUUUGGCUUUGCCGUUGGCAUUAAGCACGUUUUGCCCGGAGGGCUCCGUGGAAUAUGGAGACAAUUAUGAGUGCAUCUUAGCUGUCGAUGCAGACGCUACCUACGACAGCGCGCAAAAAACAUGCCAGGCUCUCGGCGGACACCUUAUACAGCUGGGAGACGCUUUCGAAAAUGCCUUCGCCAACUCGCAAAAAACGCAAGUUUUGGGAGGGCAAGAGGCAUUCAUCGGGGUCAAGCGCACUGAUGGCAUGUGGAGGUAUGCUGACGGAUCAAAUCUCACCUAUGCUAAAUGGGCUGACGCUCCGCCGUGGCAGAUUGGUGAGGACUGCGGAAUCCUCCGAAGCACUGAUGCGUACUGGGACGCUAGGCCAUGCGCCACGCGGCUGCCGUUUAUCUGCAGUUUUGGCGACCACGCUUGCCCGGAAGGUUGGCAUCGCUACAAGGAAACCGGCGAUUGCUAUUACACGCCGAUGGGCAUAGCCUGGACUACUUGGAGAAACAUCACGUUUGAUCUCGGCGAAUACAUCUGCAGUUUGCUCUAUCGGGCAAACCUCGUCUCGAUACACAGCGAGCAUGAGAAUCAGUUUGUGCAGAACUUGACGGCGAUAGCCAUGGCAAGUUUCCCACACCAUUGCUCCUACUACGAAACAGUCAUCGGACUUAACGUAACGACUUGGACCGACGGCUCCCCGUUCGACUACGACCUCCGCGUUCUAAACACGUCGUCUACCUUUGCGGUAGUCCUUAAAAACCGUGAUGUCUACAUCGGAGUACGACGCCAAGACGGGACCUGGAAGUACGGUGACGGGUCGAUGAUGAAUUUCACGAAAUGGCAGGGAAGUCCUCCGACGCAGGUGGGUUACGACUGCGGGAUCAUGCAAGCGACAACCACCUACUGGACCGCAUCCCCAUGCACCACCAAAAGGCCUUUCAUCUGCAGCUUCAGCGACCAUCCUUGCCCUGAUGGCUGGGAGUUCAAUGAGCUGAAUAAUUACUGCUACUACACCCCAAUGGGAGUCGAGUGGUCCGGUAUUUACUAUCGCAAUAACGUGACGAUCGACCUCGGCGAGCAGUAUUGCAACACCCCGUACAGGGCCCACCUCGUGUCGAUCCACAGCGAUCAGGAGAACGAAUUCGUCCGGGGUACCUUU